AUGUCCGCCGGAAAAUGGAUCAAAAUGCUCACGGUAGGCGCCGUCGUUGCUGUAGGAGGGCCACUAUUUGUCCAAUCAAUUCGACCCACAGACGAGGAAUUAUUCAAUAGAUACAGUCCCGACCUCAAAAAAGCAGCACUCGAGAACCGCGAUCGACAGGAGAAGGAAUACAAUGAAUAUGUGAAUAAGCUCAAGGAGUGGUCCAAGUCUGAUAAAUCAAUCUGGUUCGCCGUCAAAGAAGAAGAAGCCGCGAGACUGAAAUCCCAGGCGUCUGCUACGUCGACGUCGACAAGAUCGAAGGAGGAAGAGAGGAUACAGAGAGAGGAGAUGAGGAGGGAGUUGCAGGGGGAGAAAUGA